AUGGCAGAUGAGAAGAAAGAAGUGAAACACACGAUGAUCAAGGCAAUGCAAUAUCAGAGCUCAAGCGCCACGGCUGCCGCUGAGUUCAAGUUAAAUCCAAACGCACCCGAAUUCUUCCCUGAUCCUUUCAUCCAGAUGCCGACACCAAAUUACUUCUGCCAAUAUCUUAAAUUCCUCAACGGCAGCAGCGGCGGAAUGGAACCAGAUUGUAUCUACUUUGAAGAUCAGAAACCAAAGAAUUUUGUCCCUGAAUUAAACGUCAAGGCUUCUAAUCUGAACAAGAACAGCACUGAUCGGAUUCAGAAGAUUGUGAAACAGGUUGAAUACCAAUUCAGCGAUGCAAAAUUGAUUGCAAGUGAUUUCCUUGUGAAGAUUAUGAGCAAAGAUCCCGAAGGAUACGUUCCAAUGUCUGUCAUUGCCUCAUGGAAGAAGAUACAAAAUCUCGGUGUUAACAAUCAGAUGCUUGUUAAAGCUCUUAGAACAUCAUCACAACUUGUGGUGAGUGAAGAUGGCAAGAAAGUGAGACGCAAGAAGCUCUUUACAGAGAAAGCCAAGGAGGAGCAGAUGUCGCGCAUGGUUAUAGUAGAAAAUUUAUCAGAAGAUUCUUCACGCCAACACAUUGAGAAGUUAUUCAGCAUUGUUGGAAGUGUUAAGAAUAUCAGAAUCUGUCAUCCAAAAGAACAUAAUUCAACUAGUCCUUCAAAGAUUGAUGUUAUAAUUAGUAACAAGUUGCAUGCAUUUGUGGAGUUUGAGACAACAGUUCAAGCAGCCAAGGCUGUAGAGAAGCUAAAUGAUGAGAGCAACUGGAGGAAAGGACUUCGUGUGAGAUCUUUGUAUAAAUGCAUGCUAAGAUCAGUAACCAAAGGCAAAAGGUAUGAUCAUUUUGACUUGAACUCAGAGGAUGAUCAGUCUCCUUUCUCUCAAAAAUUAGAAUCUCCCAAAAUUAAGCAGGCACUUCAACAUAAUAUUAGUGAAAAUCAGAAUGGUGCAAGGAAAGCAUGUGGAAGAGGACGAGGAAAACUAAAUGGACUUGUUCAAAACUACAAUGGUCAUGGUAUUUUAUCCAAGGGGGGGGAUUAA